UGGUUUUAGUUUGAUAGAAAUCGUAAAGAAAUAAACAUCAAUUAGAAAAGCAUAAAAGAAACACAAUAAAAGUACACAGUUGAGCGGCUGUCGCAUUUGGAUUUUCUGCUCUUCGCUGCAUUGUCGAUUGUUGCGUUUUGCUCCGCGGAAGACAAAACCAAAAACGGAGACGACACGAACAAUCAUAACAAAUCGUAAAAUUUUAUAGUUAUUGUAAUUUACGAGGUGUUUACGACGCCGGGUUCAAACGUCUGACCGACCGAAGUUAGGGUUAAUUGUUUGUUGACCGGCCACGUGAAACUUUGCUCACCGAAAGGCUGAGACUGCAAGCGACGGAACGCGAAAUUUCGUGCAAAACUUACCCGUGGGCCGAAAAGUUAAGUGCAAAUCCCCAGUGAUUGAGCGGUGCUCUGCGUUCUUGUCUCCUGAGAAGCUAGUGUUCCUGAAAGAAGCCAAAAUCUAUCUUAGUAGAAGAAGAAAAAUUGCUACAACACAUACAAAUAGUUGAAAGCAUGCAAGAAAAAUAGUGCAAUCCGCAAAUUAAGUGAGAAAAUUUGUUUUACUCCAAGUCCCAUCCAUUCAAUGUGCUAAUAGAAAAGUGUAAAUAAUUAAAAAUAUAUUACCGAUAUACGACGUGCAAAAAUAGUAAGAAAAUUAAAACAUCUAAGCUGCAAUUUGAUGUAAUAAAAGCAAGUACUAAGUUUCGCAGAUUACGGUGAAAAAGUGAAAGUCGAAAUACAAAAAUAUAAUUUAAGUGCCAGUGUCAUGCGUAAGCGGUUCGUGUGAACGGUCAGAGAUUGACUUCAUCGGAGGCAGUUUUCCCGGAGAAACCAUUCACAAGGAAUACCAUAAAAGGAUAAACAUCAGUGAUUGGAUUAUUAAAUUUAUCGCCAGACUUACUAAACAAGGAUAAUUUUACAACCGACCAGAACCGUACUGAUAUCGAACUGGCCCAGCAUCGAUGAAUCGUGAUCCGACUUGAGAGCAGCUUUUCUUAGUUCUUGGUUUCAACGGCAUUUUGUCAUUUUGGAUUAAUCGCAGCGAACACCACCGACCAUCGCCUGUACAUCACAUCCCGACAUACAAUUCCAUCUGCUGGCUAGAGGAUAUCAAAGUGUGUGUAUAAGUGUGUGUGUAUGUGAGCAAGUUUUGAAUUGCGCUUCAUUUGAGUCAGAGUGCUGGAUGAGAAAAAAAAAUCAUUACGAUUUGUUGUGUUUUGCCAUACCAAUUAAAGUGAAAGCAAAAGUUGCUCGAAGCAUCAUAGUAUUCAUCAUCACCGUUAUAUAAAAUAUCAUCCUCACGAAAAUUCACGCAUGCCAGGCAUCAAAUCGUCAAGAAAAGUCAAUACACAAUAAGAAAAGCUUUUGUGAUAGUUUUACAAAUUAAGUCUACUAAAUAGAUAAGGAAAUAGUAAAAGUAUUAAGUGAAAGUGUGAAAUUUCAAAACGGUACCAGUGAAGCAACCACCGGCAUACGACCACGUAUUAUUCAAAUCGUAUUAAAUUCAUGAAUUUGACACGCUAUUCAUCGAUCGCAUACGAGACAGAUGAUUGAUCACUAAUCUCCUCGAUAGAUCUGGAGCUGAGUGUUGAUUUUGGAGCAUCCUUGUCAGCUUUUCCAACAACAAAUCUGCACACCGAUAGCUAAGCUUAAGCGCCCAAACCAAACCUUUCAAAAUGACAAUGAGUACAAAUAAUUGUGAAAGUAUGACGUCAUACUUUACAAAUUCCUAUAUGAAUUCAGACAUGCACGGCCAUUAUCCUGGGACCGGUGUGGAUGGUUUGGAUACCAGUCAACAGAUGUACCACCACAGUCAAAGCCACGCCAGCCAGGGAAACAUGCCUCCGUAUCCACGAUUUCCGCCCUACGACCGGAUGGGUUACUAUCAGCAAAAUAUGGACCCUGCCGGAUAUGCAAGAGCCGAUAGCCCUUCAAGUCAGGUGGGUGGAGUGAUACCUCAGCAAACGAAUGGCAAUCCUUUACAGCAAACGCAAGUACAACCUCAACAGCAGCAACCGAUUGUUUAUGCUAGCUGUAAAUUGCAGGCCGCGGUAGGAAAUGGCCCAAACGGACUUGGAACCUACGGUGCUGAAAAUGGAUCCCCUCCAUUGGAGCAGAUGGGCCAUCAUAUGAACACCGCACAAAUGACAAUACCUCAGCAUCACAUGGGACACGCACAGAGUCAGGAUUGUUUUCCUCCCGAUCAGGUGCACCAGAAUCCACAGCAUAUGGGCAUGUACACUAAUACGGGUGGUGGUCCGCCUGGUGUUGUACCCCAGCAACCACCAAAUAUGAUGCACCAACAACCUCCACAGCUACACCAAGGACAACAACCACCGCCAAACAGUCAAAAUUCCAACUCGGGCCUUCAGUCGCCACUCUACCCAUGGAUGCGGAGUCAGUUCGAACGAAAACGUGGUCGCCAGACGUAUACGCGGUACCAAACGCUGGAACUGGAGAAGGAGUUUCACUUUAAUCGCUACCUUACCAGGCGGCGGAGGAUCGAGAUCGCACAUGCCCUGUGUUUGACGGAGCGCCAAAUCAAAAUCUGGUUCCAGAAUCGGCGAAUGAAGUGGAAAAAGGAAAACAAGACUAAGGGCGAACCGGGAUCGGGUGACGAGAACGACAUGACACCGCCACAGUCUCCUGCGUAAAUCGGUACUCUCGGUGUCCAUCUACCGGCCAAUAUAGCUUGAAUGAAUGAUGUUAGUGACUUUUGUAACAUUGAAUUUUCUCCUUCAGUUUAGGUAAAUCACAGCCCACGUUUUAAAUUUCAUGUCAAAAACAAAUACCAUAUUUGUUGGAUACUAUUCGACACUUGUACACUUAAAUUGCAGAUCAGAACAACUACGAAUAAGAAUCUAAGAGAUUUUGGAAAACAAAAAUUUGUUAUACCCAUUGAGCGUACUUUAGUAACAAAAAAUCAACACAAAUUACCUUCGUAGUAGACAGUUUGCGACAGACACAACCCAAUGGUGAAUAAUUUAUUAUGCUAGCAAAACGAAAAAAAAGCAAACAACUCAUGUGACCUCAAAACUAAUGUUAAUUUAGAAAUACAUGAUCCAAGAAUUCAAAAAUCUGAUAACAGAUUGAUGGAAACAGAAAGUAAGUAAAAAUGUGCAAUGCGAAGAAAAUCUUUUAUCCAUUUUAGAUAAAAGGUACAUAUUUGUGGAAGGAUAAAUAGAUAUUCUAAUAAUAUACGUACAAAAGUGCUUCAAUAUUCAUACACAAGGUAUUUCCUGACGGUCGACCCAGAAAAUAAAAAAAAUAUUCGGACACUCGCAUUAUUCGGAAACCCAUUUCGUGUUAGUACUCGAGAUAAUCACACAUCAUAAAAAUAAUCCAUUUUGCUAUUGAUUUCUGUUUCCACCAUAAUUUCUCCAAACAACAACAGUAGAGAGGAUGUUUGAACCUCAGCAAGAGGUAUAGAGCAGAAGAGAGAUAAUACCCAAACAAACUAUACCAAAGGCAAUAGAAUAAUUUAAUUAUUGCAGUUCAUUUUCAUUCUGCAUCCAUUUAUUAUUUAAUGAAUAUCUCACUUGGAGGCAGCAAUCGUAAUUUAUUUGAAUAUUUCAUUGUUGUUACUCAUUCGUACGUGCCCAUAAACUCUAUGAAACAAUAUUGGAGGACCGAUUUCUCGUCAUCUGUAUAAUAGUUUACAGGAAAGCAGUCAUGACUCCAGUGAUGAGAGUUCUAUUUUCACCUUGAGUUGGAUAAGUACAUGAAUUGGAACAAUCAGGCGCUGCUAGUAAUUUGAUAAAAAUCAAAAUCGAUCGAACACAACACACACAUAUAUACGAAAAUGAGGUAUACGACUCUUGUAGAAUAUUGAUAGUAUGGAAAAAAUAUUUAGAAAUAUUUUCAAUAAACCUGCUACACAUUGUCAUCCAAAAUUCAGUUUGGCAGAUAAAAACUGGUUAUAGUAAAUCAAUACCAUGUGCGAUUGCAUUUAUUGGGAAAAUUGAAGGAAAAUAGGACACUUAAGCAAAAUAAUGUGAUUGUUCUGUUGUGUUGCCUGCUAUUUUGGAAGACAGGCAAAUAACAAAAAAAAAACAGAAGAGAUGCAUCAAAAUUUAGAGAUGAAACCGAAAAUACGUAAACAAAACAAGGUGAGUCGAAUAUUUAUAAUUUAUACAAGUCUAAUUCACUGAUGAAAAUAGAAUAUACGUAAGAGGAAACUCAUGACAUUAGCCUUUAAGGAUUGUGUAAUUACUGAAAAUACAGAUAGUAUGAAAGAUGCAAGUCCCAAAAAUUUUAAGUAACUAGACAGUAAAAACAACAACAAAUGAUGAUGAUAACGAUGUACGUAAAAUAUAUAUUUAACCAUAAACGGUAAGGGAUAAACUUCAGCAGUAAGACAUAUAUUAAAUAAAAAAAAUUAUCUCGUUAAAAAGGCAACACAAAUAUGUUAUGAGUACAUGAGAUCCCAAGAUAUUUGAUUAUGAGAUAAUACACUGUAAUAAAAUUUGUAAAUACCAAAUCCUCACAGAAUGGAAAAAUAAUAAACAGAAUGAUAAAAUUGAAA